AUGACAAAGUUUAAAAAAAAUGUAGCGAGACAGACAUAUGGACAAAGAAAAGAUGCUUCCGGUCGUGAGUUCGAGGUCCGGAGCCUGGGGAUUCAAGUCAAAUCCACUCAAAGCUCCAAAGGAUCUCAAGUCAAACCGGAGAACAUCAUCGGUCUUCUUCACUUGAAAAACGUCGCCACCGAUUCCACCGUCCACCACACAGUUGAGAUUCAGUGCGAUUCCGAACCAACACCGCAACCGAUCGUCAUCCAGUCUUCCAUCGAUUCUGAAAAUAAAAAAUUAGAUAUGAAAGAUGAAAUGUACAAAAGGAUCGGGAGAGCUCUUUGUGCAAUCAAAUCAGACACUUUUCCGAAAAUUCCCACCAAAAAAAACAUAAAAAACAGUGGGGAGGAAAUAAUGCGAAAUGUGACAAAUGUUAUUAAUAUUAUGAGAGCCUCAAUUGGCGAAGAUGUUCGACACACAUUUUUGAAAAAUAUGAUCGAUGCGACGUCAAAAGUUUGUGGAAUUUCCAGAAAUACGGUUAUCAAUAGAACCCCGGAAAGAGAAAUGAAACCAAAAAAACGUCUCCGGGAUAUGAGUAGAAAGGAAAAAUGUCGUCGUUAUGUAUCUGAGCUACCGAUGCUGACAAGAUCGAGAAUCAUUGGGCGGAUUCAUGAAAUGUGGAGAAAUGGGAAAGAUGUAACAAGUGAAGAUUUAUGGAAGUGGUCAAAAGAAAAUUUGUCUUUCACUAAAGGCAAAACCGUUUUCCUCCACGUUCUCCGCGGUCUGGGAUUCCUAUAUAAAAAGAAGGACCACAAUACAGUUGUUGAAGAGCGUCUGGAUAUUAUCAAAAGACGUGGAAUCUACUUGAAUGAGAAAAAGAAGUGGGAUGAGAAAAAUGCUUUCUAUGGUUCUUGUGACGAGACGUGGGCCCAUGACGGGAUGGUGAGACGAUAUGGUUGGCAACAUAGUAAUGGAGGGAACUACAAAAGAGCGAGAAUGAGUGAUUUAGAAGCUCCUCAGGCAGGACCACAACAAGGAAAAGAAAGAGGGAAAAGAAUCAUUGUGGCUGCCGUUCUGACUGAAAAAGGAGUGUUGCCUGGUUCUGAGCUUUUGUUGAUUUCUGGAGUAAAUGUAGAUGAGCAGAAGGCUGACUACCAUCGUGACAUGGAUGGGGACAAUUUUGAGCGGUACUACAAAACCAUUGUCCCACUCCUUGCAGCCGAAGCUCAAAAAGAAGGGCGUCCUGCCGUGUUAAUCGUCGACAACGCCCCGUAUCAUUGCAAGGCAAUCAAGAAACCACCAACAUCUGGGUCAUCGAAACAAGAAAUUCAGGCAUUUUUGACUGAAAACGGCCUUAAAUUCUUCAAAAAACAGAACAGAGAUGUUCUCUAUGAUCUAGUCAAGGCCUUUAUUGACUGUAACGGUGGAAGAGAAGCUUUCACCACAUAUGAGUUCGAUGAGUACGCCAAGAGCCACGGAGUCACAGUUCUGCGAUUACCACAGUACCACUGUUUUUUCAAUCCAGUGGAAUUACUGUGGUCACAGCUGAAACAGCACCUCCGUAAAGAAGGAAACACGACGGAUACUGCCGAAACUGUUCGUACUCGUGCGCUACGUUUCCUGCAGAAUUUCCGUGACGUUUCCUCGAAAGAUCUCUUCGCACACACACAAAAAAUCGAGCAAGAUGUGAGAGAAAUGAGUGAAGAGAGAAUGCUCACCUUGAGUGAAGAGCACUUCGAUCUUCUUUACGACGUCGACGACGAGGGACGUCUCAUCAAUGUCACCAUCGAUGGCGAUGACGUCGACAAUGGAGACUUCUUUGAUUCUUUCUGUCUUUCAGACGAUUCUUCCGAUGAUUCUUUUGAUGAUUCUGAUGACGAUGAGGAGCUGAUUAUUGAUUACACCGAAAUGGUCUAA